UAUUUCGAGAUACCCAGAUUCAAAUCCUGGGAAAAUUCUGUUCAUUGCCGUCUCCCACCCACCGCAAUCUGGGAAAUUUUCUAUUAGGAGAUAGAAAAAGGCUAAAGCUUUACAGUUUCCUGGGAAAGCAAGCAGAAUCCAGAUUUUUUCUUUCCCUGAGCGUUUUGAAUUCAUUGCAAUUCGAGGAUAAACCUGAAAGAAAUCGUCUUCGUCAUUAAAGAUAGCAAAAAUCGAAGAAAACCUCGAGAUGGGUCACCACCACCACCACCACCACCAAGACGGUGGCGAUGGCGCCCCUCAGCGCGUGAAAAGCCCGAGAUUCUCCGGUCCGAUGACACGUCGCACUCAUUCCUUCAAGAGCGGCGUUGCCGGAGCCGGUCCGAGCUCCGGAAGCGGCGGAGAUGGCAGCCACUCGAAGAAUGGGUCGCCUUCUGGUCUGAAAGUUCACCACGAGAUCGAUCUUUACCUGAACUCGCCCAGAUCAGAGAUCGGGUCUAAUUCGGGUCCGGAUCUGGGAUCUGGGUUGGAUUCAGUUCUCAACAGGAGAGUGGUGAGAGGUCUACUGAGGAAGCCGAUGGGAUCGGUGGUUUCGGGUUUAGGGUUGAGAGAGAAGAAGAAGCUAGGGCACUGGAUGUUCGUUGCCUUUUGUGGCGUGUGCUUGUUUAUGGGUGUUUUGAAGAUUUGUGCCAUUGGAUGGUUUGGAUCCGCCAUUGAUGGGACAGCUUCUGAUCAGGAAAUAUCCAAAUCCAUCCAUCGAAUGAAUCUGUUGGAUCAUAGCUCCCAUGAUUAUGUGUUUAAGGAUGAAGCAAGUAAUGUUCAACGGAGUUUGGUUAUGGUCGAAUCAGGUGUGGUCAGUGAUCAAAACAGAGUGGUCAAAUUCUCAGGUAUCUGGGCGAAACCCGAGAGUGGGAAUUUCACACAAUGCAUCAACAGUAAAAAGCAUAACAAAAAGUUAGAUGCAAAGACGAACGGCUACCUUCUCAUAAAUGCUAACGGAGGCCUGAAUCAGAUGCGAUUUGGGAUCUGUGAUAUGGUCGCGGUUGCUAAAAUCAUGAAGGCAACUCUUGUUCUUCCUUCACUUGAUCACAGCUCUUAUUGGGCAGAUGAUAGGUUAGAAGUAUAUGUAACAACAAGGCACUUCAUCGAGGAGUUGAAUGAUGUCAUUCACAUUGUUGAGAUGUUGCCGUCGGAAUUUGCCCAAAUCGAGCCUUUUGUCAAGACACCUAUUUCAUGGUCCAAGGUUAGUUACUAUAAGACGGAGGUUCUCCCGCUAUUGAAGCAACAUAAAGUCAUGUACUUUACUCACACUGACUCUCGACUCGCCAACAAUGACCUGCCCAGUUCCAUACAAAAGCUACGUUGCCAUGUAAAUUACAAGGCCUUGAAAUACUCGGCUCCGAUAGAGGAAUUGGGGAAUGUAUUAGUUUCGAGGAUGAGGCAGAAUGGGAGUCCAUAUCUCGCUCUCCAUUUAAGGUACGAGAAGGAUAUGCUUGCUUUCACGGGCUGCAGCCAUGGUUUGACUGCUGAAGAAGACGAAGAGCUACGCCAGAUGCGAUAUGAGGUCAGCCAUUGGAAGGAGAAGGAAAUAAACGGGACGGAGAGAAGAUUGCUCGGCGGUUGCCCGUUGUCUCCGAAGGAAACUUCCCUUCUUCUAAGGGCAUUGGGUUUCCUGCCCAGCACUCGAGUUUACCUUGUAGCGGGCGAAGCUUACGGGAAUGGAAGCAUGGAAUCGCUUAAGACCGACUUCCCCAACAUUUUCUCGCAUUCGAAUCUCGCCACCGAAGAAGAACUGGCUCCGUUCAAGAAUCACCAGAAUAUGCUGGCUGGCUUAGAUUACAUAGUAGCUCUUCAAAGUGAUGUCUUUCUUUACACUUACGAUGGAAACAUGGCAAAGGCUGUUCAAGGUCACAGGCGGUUCGACAACUUCAAGAAAACGAUAAACCCGGACAAGAUGCAUUUUGUGAAACUCGUUGAUGAAUACGAAGAGGGGCGGAUUUCUUGGAAGAUAUUCAGUUCGAAAGUGAAGAAACUGCACAAUGAUCGGGAUGGAGCUCCGUAUAUGAGAGAGCCGGGGGAAUUCCCAAAGCUCGAAGAGAGUUUCUACGCAAACCCUCUUCCCGGAUGUAUCUGCGAGACUUCACCCGAAUGGUAGUAGCAAGCUGACGGAUAUAAUCAUCGAGGUGAUGCGGGUAGUUUCUCGGGCACAGUCAAGGGUUCACCGAUACACGAAACAACCAGCGGUUCCGAUUCCGAAGCUCGAGAUUUGACGGAAUGGUUCCGAAGAUGCCACGAAUCCAGCAUCUUGCUGAUAUUUAUAGGUUCACGAAGUAUCAUAGUCAAGAAUGAUAGUUCUGCAUAGCUCGUACUGCGAGUUCAUCCCCGGAUAUCCGAGAUCUCUCCCCUUCGGUCACCCGAUGCGGAUUCCCGAAAAUGGGUACACAAAGAAAGGAUUCAAUUCUUGUAAUCUCUGAAGUUUUUGUCGAAACAACAGGUUUCAUUACACUGCUAUUAGUUGAUUAUUGUCGUUUUACAUUCAUCAAUAACACUGAAAUGCA